AUUUCCAUUUACAAUAAUACUUUUUUAUUUACAAACCCAUUUACAAAUUCUAAUUUACAAUAAUUAAAUACAAAGAAAAUGCAUCGCGGAAACACUUUAUGAAUGCUACGUGCCAAAUUUUUGUCGUGUGAUCGGAAAAAAAAUGUCUAAAGCUAUUUUUGUCGUGUUUUUUUGUAGUUUUACUGUAUGUUACGCGAAUCCUGACGCGAAGAGGCUAUAUGAUGAUUUAUUGAGUAACUACAAUAGACUGAUUCGGCCUGUUGAUAAGAAUAACAACACCGUACUAGUGAAGCUUGGGCUACGUCUGUCCCAGUUGAUUGAUCUGAAUUUGAAAGAUCAGAUAUUAACGACUAACGUAUGGUUGGAGCACGAAUGGGAAGACCAUAAGUUCAAAUGGGAUCCCUUGGAGUAUGGUGGUGUAAGGGAGCUCUAUGUGCCAUCUGAACAUAUCUGGCUGCCAGAUAUAGUGCUUUAUAACAAUGCCGAUGGUGAGUAUGUUGUGACGACUAUGACGAAGGCUGUGCUGCACCACAAUGGAAAAGUGCUUUGGACUCCACCGGCCAUCUUCAAGUCCUCCUGCGAGAUCGACGUUCGAUACUUCCCGUUCGAUCAACAGACUUGUUUCUUGAAAUUCGGAUCUUGGAGCUAUGAUGGUGAUCAGAUCGACUUAAAACAUAUCAACCAAAAAAAGGGGGACAUGGUCGAAGUUGGUAUAGACCUUCGCGAGUACUACCCGUCGGUGGAAUGGGAUAUUCUCGGAGUACCGGCUGAAAGACACGAGAGGUAUUACCCCUGCUGUCAGGAGCCGUAUCCAGAUAUCUUCUUUAACAUCACACUACGUAGGAAAACCUUAUUCUAUACUGUCAACCUAAUCGUACCGUGUGUGGGGAUUUCGUAUCUGUCAGUUUUAGUAUUUUACCUUCCCGCUGAUUCCGGUGAAAAGAUAGCCCUCAGCAUUUCCAUUCUUCUCUCACAAACUAUGUUUUUUCUGCUCAUUUCCGAAAUUAUUCCCUCGACUUCUCUAGCUUUACCUUUAUUAGGAAAAUAUUUGCUGUUCACCAUGUUGCUCGUUGGUUUAUCUGUUGUUAUAACUAUAAUAAUACUGAAUGUACAUUAUCGAAAGCCUAGUACCCACAAAAUGGCUCCAUGGGUCAGAAAGUUCUUUAUAACAAAACUUCCAAAGUUGCUGCUGAUGAGAGUGCCGAAAGAUUUGUUGAGAGAUUUGGCCGCGCAGAAGAUUGCCGGUAGGAGUAUGAAGAACAAGAACAAAUUCAAAGAUGCACUAGCAGCUGCCGAUCAGACUCAUUCUAAUGCUUCAAGUCCGGACUCGCUCAGACAUCACAUGCCUGGAGGAUGUAAUGGACUGCAUACUACAACAGCGACAAACAGAUUUAGCGGUCUCGUUGGAGCAUUAGGAAGCCUCGGUGCUGGAUAUAAUGGUCUACCUUCCGUGAUGUCAGGCCUCGAUGAUUCCUUGAGCGAUGUGGUUCCGAGGAAGAAGUAUCCGUUUGAAUUAGAGAAAGCUAUCCACAACGUCAUGUUUAUACAACAUCACAUGCAACGCCAAGACGAAUUUAAUGCGGAAGAUCAAGACUGGGGAUUUGUGGCUAUGGUCUUGGAUCGUCUGUUCCUGUGGAUCUUCACCAUAGCUUCCAUAGUUGGUACUUUCGCAAUCCUAUGCGAAGCCCCGUCUUUGUACGACGACACGAAACCGAUUGACAUGAUGCUGUCUUCUGUAGCCCAGCAGCAGUACCUACCUGUCGACAGUGGGGAUUCAUAAGACCUUUUUUUUUCUAAAUUCCCUAAAUGUCUUUAAUAAUUCACAUUCAAUAGAUUACAAAUGUGUUUGUUUUUGGUACCUUAAGUAAUUCGAUAUUUAAGAUUCCAAAAUAUGCAUUAAAAAGCAACUGUUGCAUAGAUCAUGAAAGUAUUUUACGGGAGUAAAAAAAGUGCCGAGUCUUAUAGCAUAAGACAAACCUCGGUUCAUUGGAAAGCAUGGAAAGAUGUAAAAGUCUUUAGCUUUAAGGCGAAUAUUGACUCUGGCACUUUCGUAUUAUUUUGGUGUUGUUUUCUUAGUAGUGAGUUACCACUACAAAAAAAAACCGAAAUAACAAAAAACACAACAAUAACAAAACGUGAUAAAUUGCCAAAUAAAUUCUUCCAAGUUGCCAAGUCUUCAAGUAAAUAAUUAGCUGAUCGGUUAUUUUCUGUUAAUUUAUGAAAAUUCUUUUAAAACAAGAGUUUUUAUACAAAUUAAAUAACAGUAGACGAAGAGUUAUUGAAGGAAUAUUUUAGUGAAGCGAAUUCUGUAUUUAUUGAAACGAUUCGUGGGCAAUCUAUCCCAUCUAUAGACAUAGUUUGAUUACAUAAACCUUUUCUGCAGUGCCAACAAUAAAAUUAUAAAGCUUCAACUCAAUUGGAUAAGUGACGUCCGAAUAUAUUUUAUUGUACUAAUUGGAUGGACGGAUAAUUGGUCAAUGUUUACCAGAAGUAUUACAGUCGAUUUCAUGUCUCAAUCUGGGUUCUCUCUGAGUUAUCAUCUCAGAAAACAGAUUUUCGAAACAAUCAGUGUAAUGUAUUGUUUUUCUUUAAACUUAAGUUACAAAAAGCAAUUAUAUUUCAUAAAAUACCUACUUGUUACUUAAUUAAUAUUCAAAUUUGAAUGUACGUGGCUAUUGAUAGUUAUUAAUCAAAACUGGCUGUGGUAGUGUAGGAUUAUUGAACAUUUGAUUAAUAACUUAGAACUUAUUGUAAUUAGGAUUUAAUUAUUAAUAAUAAUAAAAAUAAUCACUGGUCAAUAUUUGACCGCGAAUGAUGUACGUUUUAAAAAUAUAAAAGAAAAUAUGUUCAUAGAAUUUUGCGAAUUAUAGUAGGAAAUAACUGCCCUAUACUGUUGUUAAAUAGUUCAUCUUAUACCCGUACUUUAAGACGUGAACUCGAAACUUCCUCGAACUCUACUCAAUCGAGAAUACCUUUACGCCCUCUCCGAUAAAUCGUCACUUAUCUAGUGCUGGAAGCCUCUUCUAACUUAACUCACUGGACCCGAUUUUCCGCCCUACUCAUAUGGUAAUCAGUAAGCUUUGAUUUUUCAGCCACCGGCCCCUAACCUGCUACUCUAUUGAGUCUCCAGCUAAUCGGUAUACAUAAGAUACGACUCGAUGAUAGGCAGUCAGCGUAGCUCAAGGACAUUGGCCAUGACAUUGCCUACUGCCCCGAAUUCUUUCAAGUCCCGUUUCAUUGUCUUUCUCGUCGUAUCACUGAAGAAGCACCGUAGAUGUCAAUUCAUUUAAGACCCCGUUGACUGAAGCCAAGGAUCGGGGUAAAGUCUUAAAGUAUCGCAGUUAGAAAUACAAUCGCUCGGACUAUUACUUUCUCUCUCAUUACACAAACUUUAAAAUAUCUCUUCAGAGCGUGUCCUGAUUUAUUUCUCAAACGCAAAUUUCUCGCAAUAGAAUUAAUUCUCGAAUAAUGUUUUGAUUUUAUGAAAGUUAAAUUGCUCUUUUCCAGACAUCUCUCACGUCACAAUGUCUCUUUUACAUCUGUAGGUACAUUUAAAGAGUGGCCUGUACUAGGUUUAGAUCACCAAACAAUGACCAAAGAUAUGGUAGCGUUGUUACACUGUGGAGCACAAAUUCAAACAUGCGCUUUUGAACCUGUACCGGUCAAAAAUCUAUAAUAUUCUUAGGGCGAUUCAGAUAUUGCCAUAUUUUUUUAUAUAUGGCAAAAACCCUACUCUUACCUCUUAAUACGUGUUCACAA